AGCAUCAUCACAACAGCAGCAGCUAUUGGCUCCUUCCACAUAGUGAGUGAGAGUGCAGCUUCACUCCCUCUUCCUCUCCCCUCUCUCUCUUUUUCUCUCUCUCGUUGUGUCUCUCAGAUUAAAAGGAGUUCCUGUGCGAUAAGAGCACGUUGGUGGAACACCCACACGCCUCCACUGCAUGGCUCUCACAAAGAUAUCAUGGCGUCCAACAUACAGAAGCUCAAAGUUUCGGAAUGUGUAUGGCAAGGCAGGCAACCGAGAGCAGUGCUUCGAUGGCAUCCCCAUCACCAGAAACGUUCAUGAUAACCACUUCUGUGCUGUCAAUGCCAAGUUCCUGGCCAUUGUCACUGAGACUGCAGGUGGAGGGUCCUUUCUCGUCAUCCCUGUCAACAAGGCUGGGCGAAUCGACCCUCACCAACCUAAAGUGUGCGGCCACCAGGGAGGCGUGCUGGACAUCAAAUGGAAUCCCUUCAUCGACAACAUCAUAGCCUCCUGCUCAGAGGACUGCUCUGUGCGGAUAUGGGAGAUUCCAGAGGGAGGGCUGAGGCGGAACAUGUCCGAGGCGGUGCUGGAGUUGUAUGGACACAGCCGACGAGUGGGUCUCAUAGAGUGGCACCCCACCUGUAGUGGUAUCCUCUUCAGCGCUGGCUACGACUUUAAGAUCCUGAUCUGGAACCUGGAGGUGGGAGGUCCAGUGAAGAUGAUCGACUGUCACUCAGACGUGGUGCUCUGCAUGUCCUUCAACACUGACGGCAGCCUGCUGGCCACCAGCUGCAAGGACAAACACCUGCGUGUGAUCGAGCCUCGCUCGGGCAAGGUCCUGCAGGAAGCUGACUGUAAGAGCCACAGGGUGAACAGAGUGGUGUUUCUGGGCAACAUGAAGCGCCUGGUGACCACCGGAGUCUCUCGAUGGAACACUAGACAAGUGGCACUGUGGGAUCAGGAGGACCUGUCCAUGCCCAUCAUAGAGGAGGAGAUUGAUGGGCUUUCUGGGCUGCUCUUCCCUUUCUAUGAUUCUGACACACACAUGCUCUACCUGGCAGGCAAGGGAGACGGUAACAUCAGAUACUAUGAGGUCGGCACAGAGAAGCCCUACCUGCAGUACCUAAUGGAGUUCAGGUCCCCGGCUCCACAGAAAGGCCUGGGAGUGAUGCCAAAACAUGGGCUGGACGUGGCGGCCUGCGAGGUGUUCCGCUUCUACAAGCUGGUGACUCUGAGGGGCCUCAUCGAGCCCAUCUCCAUGAUAGUGCCACGAAGGUCCGAGACAUACCAGGAGGACAUCUACCCUAUGACAGCAGGCACAGAACCAGCCCUCACUGCAGAUGAGUGGCUGAGUGGGAUGGACAGAGAGCCAGUGUUGAUGUCCCUAAAGUCUGGAUACAAGCGCCCCUGCCAGAAGGCCUUCAAGGCCCCUGUGAGGGAGAGGAAGACCAUGGUGAUGAAUGGCCUGCUGGAGAGUAUUCCACCCAAGACAGAGAACGAGCUCAUGCGCACGUUCUUCAGGCAGCAAGAUGAGCUAAAGAGGUUGAGAGAGGAGCUGGUGCAGAAAGACGUUAGACUCCAACAGCUGGAGCUGGAGCUCAACAACCUGCGGAACAACUCCAACAAACUGUGACCUUUGACCUGGCUGACCCCUGACCUCCCCACUCUGACCUCCUGCCCACUCAGGGAGAGAGACCACUGGUGGCCGACUCCCUUCCCUUCUUCCCAAAGUGUGCACCCCGGGUGGAAACUCCCUCUGUCUAGUCCAUGCGGGUCCAGUGAGUGAGCCCGUGCUCACUUCUGGGAGAAGGGUAAGGAAUCGGAAGGCAACCUCUGUCACACUGUGUCCCUCACCCUGAGAGCGGGUCACCAAGCCCUGAACACUGCCAAAAAUAUACCCAGAACCACCCUACCUGGCUGCACCUCUUCAUCCCUUCUCCAUGUUCCAAAGAACUUCACCUCCUUCAGCAACAGAACCUUAGUAUGUCCCCAUUCAGCCAAAGCACCAAGACCAACUGUGGUAGAUAGCUCUGCUUAGAAUUUACUCAAGUUGACAGGAUCAGUUAUGUGGGGAGUGAAGCCAUUGUUUCCCUUUAACUUCAAGCAGGCUCUGUCCUCAAGACAUGAAAUGUCAUGUCUUGCGACUUGAAGGCCCUUGAAUAUGAGGACUUGUGAGGACUGUAGUUGCAUAGCAGGGGUAUUGCAGGUGUAUCGCUGGGUUGAGCAUGUGUAGUCUGUAGUCUCUGCAGUGGUCCUAUCGGAGGAUGGGGAAAGAGAUGAGGCAAUAGAGUGGUAACCAAGCCUAUUCAAACAGAUGGCUUGUCUAGUACUAUUCAUCCCAUACAUUAUUCAUCCUAUUACUUAUGACGAAUCUGCGAUAGAGCCUCAUCAUAUUUUCACUUUAUAGUUACAUUUCGCCAUUAAAUGAACAUUCUGACUAAAAAAAUAAAUAAAUACAUGAGCGCCAUGUUAGACGAAAGGCAAAAACAGACUUUAAAGCCAUAUUGGGUGACAAAUCUUUGCUGACUUGGUAGCAGGUUGACCACAACAUGAACAUGACUGAGGCUUUCCCAAGGUAGAAGGGACCCCUGAGGGAUGUGUGUAUGCCCCUCGACCACUGAGGGACCAUGUCCUCGCAGACGUCUGUAUGAAGUCGGUAGAGAUGCUCGCAAUUCACGUUGGCCACACGUAGCUACUGCGUGACCACUCUGUGGUCAUGUGUGACUACCGAUCAGAGGUAACUAGCAACGGCAAACACUUAUCAUUUGACUGUAUAAUACAGUACGCCCGUAACCGGCAAUGAUACUGGUAUAUUUAUAUUGUAGUACAUGAUGAUAGAACGAUAGGAGAGAGUAUUUAUUGCAAGUAAAACAAAUAAUGUCAUGUACGGAGAGAAAAAUGAUAGGGUAAGUGUAUUAAGGAUAUAGCCAUAGGCAGCAGUGGGUUUAGUAAGAUACCCAAGGUAAAUGUAUGACUGCUAGAGGAUGUUAUUUCUUAAUGACUGUAACAUAAUAUCAUAAUAUGUCUUCCUGAAGUUGCCCCUCUCCCUAAAUAAAUGCGUUGACACCAUAA